AGCAGAAAUGAUAGCGACUGAAAAGGCUCAGCAUGCAGCAACAGGGAAACGAGGUCUAAUUUUAUCCAGAUCUACAUUUGUUUCCUCGGGUCAUUACGGUGGCCACUGGCUCGGUGACAAUAGUGCUCGUUGGAUUGAUUUGAGAGCUUCCAUUAUUGGCAUCCAAGAAUUUAAUUUGUUUGGUAUGCCAUACAUUGGAGCGGAUAUCUGCGGUUUCAAUGGAGAAACAACCGAGGAAUUGUGUUUACGAUGGCAACAACUCGGUGCAUUUUAUCCUUUCUCAAGGAAUCACAACGAAAAAGGUGUAACAAGCCAGGAUCCAUCUCGAUGGCCAGAUGUUGCAAGAGCCACUCGAAAUGCUAAUCUUUUCCGAUAUUACUACCUUCCAUAUCUCUAUAGCUUAUUGUUCGAUGUCUCAUUAUAUGGCGGCACUGUUAUUCGACCAGUUUUUUUUGAAUUCACUUCUGACUCAGAAACUCAUGAUCUCGGGGAACAAUUUAUGUGGGGAAAUGCAAUGAUGAUUAUUCCUGUAUAUCAACCAGGCGCUACGUCUGUGUCUGGUUAUUUGCCCUCGGCAAUAUGGUAUUCUCUUCGAGAUUCUGAUUAUGGCACACUGAUAAAAUCAGGCCACAAUGAAUUCAGGGCACCGAGGGAUGAACUUAUCCCUGUUUUUGUUAAAGGAGGUGUUGUGAUACCGCGACAAAAGCCAAAUAUGACAACCACUCAUUCAAGAAACAAUCCUUUUGAAUUGCUCAUUUCAGUUGGUCCGGGCAAAUCAACUGGCAUGCUGUACUGGGAUGAUGGUGAAAGUAUUGUGAAAGAUUUUACAACUUACAACUACUUUUAUUGGUUAUUCGAAUUUGUACUCAGUGCUGACACGGCUACUUUGUAUAUCACUCCAAACCGUACUGCUGUUAGCACUUCUUGCUUUUUGAAGUUUGCAAUUAGCUAG